AAAUGGAAAGAAGGAGCAAUUCUUGAGGCAACUGAUCCGAGAUUGGGAGGUGAUUUUGUGGUAGAGGAAAUGGAGUUGGUUUUGAAACUAGGUCUGAUUUGCUCACACUAUAAUCCGAUGACUAGGCCUAGCAUGAGGCAAGUAAUGCAGUAUUUGGAUAGGGAAGUUAUCAUGCCCGAAGUAUUUAUGGAUAUUGUAGGAGUUGGCAUGGCUGCAUUAUUUGGCAAUGAA